AUGGAUGAUUUAUAUUAUUGUAUACGUAUUAUGCAAAUAUCUACUGAAAAAUUACAAUCACCACGUUAUUAUGAAUCUUUAUAUCAUACGUCAUUAAUACGUUCGACGUUUUUACAAUCACGUAAAUAUUUAUGUGAUUUUCUACAUUCAUUUAUCAAAAUAUCUUCAACAACAAAUACAUAUCUACCGACUUAUAUUCAAAAUGAUAAUAGAAAUAAUUUUUUAUCAUAUGAACAAAAAAUGAUUACUUUAAAGAAACCAUCAUCAAAACGUAAAUCAUGUCAUGUUGAUAAUGUUAAACGAUUACGAGUAAAAUCACCAUAA